AGCGUGGUGCUGGGCCAGGCGGACCGGCGGCUGGUGCCCUACCUGCUGGACCUGCACUCCAUGCACCAGUUCCGCCAGGACACCGGCACCAUCCGCCCGGUGCGGCGCAGUUACUAUGACCCUUCCUCGGCGCCGGGCCAGGGUGUGGUGUGGGAGUGGGAGAACGACAGCGGCUCGUGGACGCCCUACGACAUGGAGGUGGGGAUCACCAUCCAGCACGCCUACGAGAAGCAGCACCCCUGGAUCGACCUCACCUCCAUCGGCUUCUGCUACGUCAUCGACUUCAGCACCAUGGGCCAGAUCAACCGGCAGACCCAGCGCAAGCGCCGUAUCCGCCGCCGUCUCGACCUGGUCUACCCGCUGGUCACCGGCACCCUGCCCAAGUCCCAGUCGUGGCCGGCCAGCCCGGGCGUGGCCAGCUCCCCGCCUGCCCCGCCCUGCACCUGCCCCCAGUGCCUUCUGGUCAUGAGCGUCAAGGCAGCAGUGGCGGCAGGGGCCAACAGUGGGACCACCGCCACGCCCCAGCCGCAGCAGCAGCGUAAAGCCUCCGCCCCAUCUGGCGGCCCCAAGCCUCCCAUCCCAGCGCCGGGGCUCAAGCCCCCAGAUGGCACGGCCACCACACGCAGUUCGCUGAAGACCCUGGCCUCCCAGGUGAACCGGAGGCAGGCAGCCAGCACACCGGCCCUGAGCUCGGCCACUAGCCCGCCAGCCGCCAACGGGAAGGUCACGCGCGCCAGCCUCAGCACCCUCAACCGCACCCACCUGCAGCGCCUGGCCAUCGCCCAGUCCCGCGUGCUGAUCGCCUCCGGGGUCCCUACUGUCCCGGUGAAGAACCUCAACGGCUCGAGCCCCGUCAACCCCGCACUGGCAGGGAUCACAGGGAUCCUCAUGAGCGCAGCGGGGCUGCCUGUCUGCCUCACCCGCCCCCCCAAGCUGGUGCUGCACCCUCCGCCUGUCAGCAAGAGCGAGAUCAAAUCCAUCCCGGGCGUGGCCAACACCUGCCGCAAGACCACUAAAAAGCAGGCCAAGAAAGGUAAAACCCCUGAGGAGGUGCUGAAGAAAUACUUGCAGAAGGUGCGUCAUCCUCCGGACGAGGACUGCACCAUCUGCAUGGAGCGCCUCUCCACCCCGUCUGGCUACAAGGGGCCCCAGCCAGCCAUCAAGCCCGACCUAGUGGGGAAGCUGUCCAAGUGCGGCCACGUCUACCACCUCCACUGCCUGGUCGCCAUGUACAACAACGGCAACAAGGACGGGAGCUUGCAGUGCCCGACCUGCAAAACCAUCUAUGGGGUGAAGACUGGGACCCAGCCCCCCGGGAAGAUGGAAUAUCACCUCAUCCCCCACUCGCUGCCUGGGCACCCAGACUGUAAAACCAUUCGGAUCAUCUACAACAUCCCACCAGGAGUCCAGGGCCCAGAGCACCCAAACCCCGGGAAAAGCUUCACGGCCCGCGGCUUCCCUCGGCACUGUUACCUCCCGGACAGCGAGAAGGGCCGAAAGGUGCUGAAGCUGCUGCUGGUGGCCUGGGACCGGCGCCUGAUUUUUGCCAUCGGUACCUCCAGCACCACAGGCGAGUCGGACACAGUGAUCUGGAAUGAGAUCCACCACAAGACGGAGUUCGGCUCUAACCUCACAGGCCACGGCUACCCCGACACCAACUACCUGGACAAUGUGCUGGCCGAGCUGGCGGUGCAGGGCAUCACGGAGGAGAGCGUGGCCCAGGAGAAGGACUGAGAGUUGGGGGGGAGGGGAGGAGAUGGCAUUCCAUUGUGGUAGGAGCAGAGCUUUGCUAUGGGGCGAUGCCCCCACACUCGCCUCCUCCCUGCCCCAGUGCCUGCAUCCUCCCCCACCUCCUCCUGCCACUGUGCUGCUCCAAGGGGGCCAGUCACCCCACUGAGAUGUGUGGCUUGGGGCUAGAGUGGAGAGAGGGGCCCACGGUGCCGCCUCAUUGGGCAUUUCUGUGGGGCUGGUCAGCCGGCAACGGGGCCACCCCUCACCCACGGUUACAUUCAUCUCGUUGCACUUGGCUGGGAAGUGGGGGAUUGAACCGCUAAACGCUGUGAACAUGAACUGCCUCUUCGGGCCCUGCCCAGUGGGGAGCGCCCCAUCCCACAAGGCAGCUCCGGGACCACGUGGGAGCCGUGGCACAGGCCUGUGGGAAUGCCAAGGAUUCAGACCAGUCCGAGUUGUCUUGCCCGGGUAGGAGACUGGUUGUGUGUUGUCAUGUCACUGCUGCUUUCAUGUCGUGGGCUCCAUGUGAGUUGGAAAUGUGGUGUGUGCAGGUCUGGUACCCCUUCCUCCCUCAUCCCACCUCCACAUCUGGUCAGAACCAGGCCUGCUGCCUGCUCAGAUCUGAGCCAUGGGGAAAUGAGAGAAAUCCCCUCUCCUUGAUACCUUGGGUCAGGACCACAAUGAGCUGGGGGCACGUUUCCAUCCUGGGCUACAGCAGAAUUGGUUCCUUAACGAUCCAGUCUGAACAGUAGUGAACGGGCUGGGAAUGCUUUGCUGGAUGGCUUGUUCUUCUCCUGGUCCCUUUCCCUCCUCCCACUCUUCCCAAUCCGGUCCCACCUGGGUCAGCACUAGUUCAGCUGGCUCAGUUUUCUUCUAGCAGGGUGGGGAAGAGCAAUCCCUCGCUCCCUGAUGCAGCUGCAUUGUCCUGGCUCGAAGCCACGUCCGGUGCGCCCUGUUUCAGUAAGCGCAGUUCACUCCGGCCUGCUCCAGAUCUGUGUGCUGGUCCCGUAUCUAUGAAGAAACCACGCCCCAUGGCAGUGUCCAGUCAGAACUGGGAUGGGAGGGGGGGAGGCGGCAAGGUCUGAUUCCCCUGCCCCACCCCUCCCAAAAAUGGGUUCAUUGAACUGUUUGUAUGGGGGAGUUCCCCAGGAUACGGCUCUGAAUUUAUAUACCUCAUGUUUGGGGGCUUUGUCGUAUAUAUGUAUGUAUAUCUACCACGUCACCCUUGAAGACAGCGUUGGCGCGGGGAUGCUGAAGGGAAAAUGGUACUUAAGUUAGAACUGGAGGCCAAGUCAGCUGGUGUUCGCUGGUUACCAUGACGCAAGCUGGACAGCCAUCUUGAAAUGAUGGCGCCACGUCAGGCUUGGCCACGUUUCAAAAUGGCUACUGUGCACCCCUAGGGCAGUGGGAAAAGGCCCGCGCACGGGGCCUCCGUGCCACUCCGGGCUGUUCCAGGGGGGUAUGGAUCUCGGGAGGAAACAGUCACCUGCUGCCACAUUAGAACUUGGGGAAACUUUUCAGCCAAAUCAUUUUUCAGUGAAAAAUGCAGCAAUAGAAAUGUUUUGUGUCCAUUUGCGGUGGCUUGUUUCUGGCAAAAGAAGAAAAGGAAUGAUUUUUCCCCCCCAAGGUAAACAAGGCUUUUCCCAUCAAAAUUGCUUGGUGUGUUUUUUUUUUUUUAAAUGUUCAAAACUUGAAACAAUCUUUCUUUUUGGUUUGCCAAAUUUUUUGGCUUCUAAUUUUUUUUUAAAACCACCAGCAAACUGAAAAACUCGUUUAAUUACAUGACCCUGCUCCUGCCCUUGAAAUUCCCUGCUCUGGGUAUUAGUUUCCUGUCCUAACCCUGCCCAUCCUCAAACAUCACAACUGUAGAUCUGCUCCCCAGCCCCAUAUUCCACUGCCUAGCCAGGAAGAGUCUCCCAUGUUACCCACCCCUUAGGAGAAGCAACAUUCUCUUGGGAACCCCUAUUCCACUCAUGCCUCCUACCCCUGCUGUGCUGGCAACAAGCGGCCUCCAGUCUGACUUGGCUUCCAGGGUAGGGGAAGAGGGUUGGAAGGGGUCUCCUACAGGUCCCUCUGACUGUUCCUCCCAGGGAGGGGCAGGGUGUUAAUUCCCCACCCCCGAGUUGCUUUAGUUUUAAUUUCUAACAGUGGUUUUAUACUUUCUCCAGAAGGACCCGGGUGGGGUGAGGUGGCCAGGUCGUGGAAAGGGUCACCCCUCUCAUUGUGUGUCUUCAUGGUGUUGGAUGCAGGUGUGCGGUGGCGGCUGGGGGUGGGGCAGUCCUGCUGUAUAUUGUGUUCUGUUUGUGAACGGUGCACUGUGCCCGUCUCUCUGGUGUGUGGCCAUGUGAUGGUGCCGCCCGCCGGGGGGGGCUGUAUGUGCCAGUUUAAUAAAUGGAGAGCUCUCCCGCCAGGCUGGGGGGGCGUUUGCUGUCUGCGUCU